UAACUAAGAUGGCUAGUUUCACUCGCCCAAUCAGAAAUGGGCCUGACCCCAGGUCCCGGGGAGAGGCGGGCUUGAGAUUGGAAGUACCGCCCCUCACUGACGCUUGACGGUGGUGUCGCCAUGGCCAGCUAUCCCUACGGGCAGGGUUGCCCGGGAGCUGCAGGCCAAGUGCCUGGGGCCCCUCCUGGUGGCUACUACCCUGGACCCCCUCAUGGUGGAGGACAGUAUGGCAGCGGGGUGCCUCCUGGUGGUAGUUAUGGAGGAGGUCCAGCCCCUGGGGGGCCUUAUGGACCACCAUCUGGUGGAGGACCCUAUGGACACCCCAACCCUGGGGGAGUCCCUUCUGGAACUCCAGGAGCACCUUAUAGUGGUGGUGCAGCUCCAGGAGGCUCUUAUGGACAGCCAGCUCCAAAUCCCUACGGCGCCCAGCACCCUGGGCCUUAUGGGCAGGGACCUUCUCCAGGUGGUAUCCCUCCCAAUGUGGAUCCUGAGGCUUAUUCCUGGUUCCAGUCUGUGGACUCCGAUCACAGUGGCUACAUCUCCAUCAAGGAACUGAAGCAAGCUCUGGUCAACUCCAACUGGUCCUCGUUCAAUGACGAGACCUGCCUUAUGAUGAUAAACAUGUUUGACAAGACCAAAUCAGGCCGCAUUGACAUCUAUGGCUUCUCAGCCUUGUGGAAAUUCAUCCAGCAGUGGAAGAACCUCUUCCAGCAAUAUGACCGGGACCGCUCGGGCUCCAUUAGUUACACAGAGCUACAGCAAGCUCUGUCCCAAAUGGGCUACAACCUGAGCCCCCAAUUCACCCAGCUCCUGGUCUCCCGCUACUGCCCGCGCUCUGCCAGUCCUGCCAUGCAGCUAGACCGCUUCAUCCAGGUGUGCACCCAGCUGCAGGUGCUGACGGAGGCUUUCCGAGAGAAGGACACAGCUGUCCAGGGCAACAUUCGGCUCAGCUUCGAGGACUUUGUCACCAUGACAGCUUCCCGGAUGCUCUGAUCCAGACCAUCUGUAGCGAGUGGAGAAAACCAGGGGGCCUUGCCUGGGUCCUCAGAGUGGGAGAAGCGUGUGGGCCUCUCUUCUCUUUCUGCCCCUCCUAGAAAAAUGAUUUUUCCCUUGCCUGAUGUAGCACUUUCCUCAAAGAAGGCUGGGGAUCCUGUAUCACAGCCACCAAAUAGUGGAGGCUGAGGCUGAGGCCUGUAGGGGCCUGACCUAGAGAGGACUGUAAGUUGACUGUCUCUGGCCUGAGCAUGUAAAUGGCGCAGUCUUGCAACAGGAGUAGGAGAUGUCACUGUGAUAGGGCCCGCUUGUUCUAAGCUUUCCCUUCUACACCCUGGCACCAGUGGUAAGGGUUCACUGGCAUCUUACCACUAGCCCCUCUGUCUUCACAUACGCUGUACCAUCAGAUGGCCUGUCCUAUCAAUUUUUCCCAUGUGGAAUCUGACUAGACAUGAGAAAUUGUCCACAGGACCAGUGGCUUGAAUGAUAACCACUUCUUUGCCCCCAGAGAAUGUGUAUUAACACCUAACUAUGUGGGGUCUGUCUCUGCUCCCUGGGUAUCUGGCCAGACUAUUCCCCUCUGCAGCUUGUUCCCAGGGGAUAUUUGCCACGUCCCACUGCCAAUGCUUUUUUUUUUUUUUUUUCAUUUGGGGCCAAAAUUUUGUGAAAUUAUAAACUUCAAUAAAGGGUUUAAUUCUGGA